UCUUGUUGCAUCGGUUGAUCUUGGCGCAGUGCUCGGGAUUCUUCGAGGCGGGGACGAGUGAGGAGUGGUCGGGAUCGGGGGUGGGAUCGGGGGUGGCGAAGACGGGAAGGGAGUCGGAGCGAGGGGAGGGAAGUGGGAGGAGGAGCGAUGAGCGAUAUGUAAGGGGAGAUGAGAUCGUUUUGGGUGGGCAGAGGAAGAGGUGGAUAUAUCAGUUGGAUUGGGGUUCUGGGCCGGACGAUGUCCCCUUGCUUGUUCAUCUGCUGGUACAAGAGGCAUAUUCGGCCAUGGCCCCUCUGCACGACCUCCGCCACCACAAAACAAACCCCAUCCCCCUUCCUCAGGUUUCUUCCGCAGCAUGGCCAAUUACUCCGCCCUCCAAGUCUCCUCGAAACAACCCAGCACCUCCCACCCAUCGCAAGAAAACGACCCCUACCCCGACCUCGUCCUCUCAUACAGCAAUCUAUUCCGUAUCUUCUACAACCAUCCUCCAUCCCUCGACACCGUAAACAUCGCCAACGCAUACGUCGAGUGCAAACAACUCCUCCACCUCGCCGACCUCUACGACGCAUUAUCCGUCAUCGGCCCACGCAUCGACCACCACCUCCUCCGCUUCCACUCGCGCCUAUGGAAGCAAAUCGCAAAAUACCCCCCCUCAUACCUAAAACUCGGCUUCCUCGCCCGUAGCAAGGCUAUCUACUCCGAAGCCCUCAUCCACGUGAUCGGCCAAUGGCCAGCCGGUGCCCCCCAGCUGCGCGGACAAGUCUCCCAAGCACUAUGGGAGCUCAUCGAAGACAAAGUCGCCGAACUCCAGGACGUCACCGCGCGCGUCGAGGCGCGCCUCUUCCGCCUCACCCUCACCACCCCUCGCGGCGACCGCGUCGGCCCCCACUCCGCGUGGCUCGACUGGCUCGCCGUCUCCCUCUUCCGCCACUGGAUCCUCGAAAACCUCACUCCUCCGCCCGCGCCGAUCUUGAAAUCCAGCAUGACGACCACCGCCGCCCAGCCUGGCCGCGGUCCCUCAAGCUCGUCAACCACCCGCAUCUCAUCUCGCUCCAUCCUCCCCCACCGCCACCGAACCAGCUCCUCAUCCCGCUCAGCAGCGGCGCCCACCCCAUCCGCGCCGCCGCCGCCGUUCAACAUCUCGAACACGUACGCGCUGCUCGCGGCGGGUGGGACAGCGUACCUCCCGCACGCGGAGAUCAAGGCGUUCCUGAAGCUGCAUCCGGACACGUAUUCGCGGGAGAAUCUGCGGCGGUUCGAGCGGCGGGGGGGGAUGGGGAGAGGGGAUGGGGGUGGGGGUAUUUGGUUUGCGUGAAGGUGGGGGAGGGGGAUUGGGUGUGGGAGGAGGAGUGAUUUUGUUUGGUGUUUGCGCGUAUUAUACCCAUUGUUGAGAUGUUUGGCUUCGCCU